CAUGAUUUGUUUUGGAGUGGAUUACUGAUAACAAAUAAAAAUACAGAGCAGGUAGAGUGAAAACAAAUAGUUUGAAAUAUUUCAAUUUUUCUCCAGCGAAGAGGAUAUUAUGCCACAGUGCGAGUUAUCAAGCCAGGAUCAACAUGGUCAAUAUUUGGAGGCUCUUCCUAAGGAACAAGCAGUUAUGCAGGAUAAGUAUCCGUGCGAUGAAUGUCCAAGAACAUUUGACAGUGACGAGGACUGCCAGAGGCACAGAAAAACGCAUCUAAAAGACGACGAGGUACUAAGCUUAAGGUGCCACUUCUGUGAUAAGCAGUUUCAAGCAAUCAGCUUGCUUAUGCGACAUAGACGAACGCAUACAGGAGAGUGUCCCUACAAAUGCGACAUUUGUGGCAGAGGAUUCAACGUACUGACUAGCUUCAGUAAUCAUCGCCGCAUUCACACGGGAGAUAGGCCUUUCAAAUGUGACAGCUGUGAGAAGACAUUCAUCAAACGCACGGACCUAAAGCGACACACUCGAGUACAUACCGGAGAGCGACCCUAUAAGUGUGAAUGCUGUGGUAAAGGAUUCAUCGCGAGCAUGCACCUGACACAUCACAGACGCAUCCAUACUGGGGAAACACCACACAAAUGUUCGAUAUGUGGAAAAGGUUUCAUCCGAAGUAGCGAUCUCUUGCAACACACACAUGUGCAUACCGGUUUAAAACCGUAUAAGUGUGAACUGUGUGACAAAGGUUUUAUCAAAAGAAGUCAACUUACUUUUCAUAAUAUGUCACAUACAGGAGAUCGUCCGUACAAAUGUGAAACCUGCGACAAAUGUUUCAUGAAAAUAGUUCACCUGAAAACGCACUUGCGCAUUCAUACUGGCGAGCGACCAUAUAAAUGUGACCAUUGUGGAAAGUCGUUCACGCAGAGCAACAGUCUUUCGAGGCACAAACGCAUCCACACUGGCGAACGGCCGCACGAGUGUGACAUCUGUGGCAAACAAUUCAUUGGCAGUAGUCAUCUGACCCUUCACCGAAGAGUACAUACGGGUGAGCGGCCGCAUCAGUGCGAGAUCUGCGAUAGUAAGUUUAGCAGACGGACCGACUACGUAGAUCAUAUGCGGAUCCACACGGGAGAACGUCCACAUAGGUGCGAUCUUUGCGGGAAGGACUUUCGGCGACGGUGUGAUGUAACGCAACACCAGCGAAGCUGUGAGAAGCGAAAUGGUAGCAGCGUUCAGGUGAAGGGCACAUUGGUGAACGAACAGCGAUCCAUGUUUGCGGGUGACCUGAAUGAUGGAGAAGUAGAAGAGUUGAAGCAAGAGUUUGUAUAUCCCGAUCUGCUUGGAGAUAGUUCCAUUGUUAAAGGAGAACCAACGCUAUCUCAAACACAAAUAUAGCUUUCUUUUGAUAUAUCACUUGACGGCGAAGCUAAUGUUCAAGGUUGUUUACAAUAAAGAAUAUGUAU